AUGACUUCUGCUCCCCCGAGCCUCCGGCAGCGAGCGGGAAAGAAACCCGCAGGCGUCAAAGAGGAACAGCGAGCAAGCAGCCCGCCGUCCACGAAUCCGGCAAAAAUGCCCGCUUCUACACCUGCACAAUGGCACUACAGAAUCGCCAUGGUGGUCCUGACGCUGCUGGCAUUUUCAACGCGCUUUGCGAACCUAAGCUACCCCAAUGAAGUUGUGUUUGAUGAGGUACACUUUGGAAAGUUUGCCUCAUACUACCUUCGACGCACCUAUUUCUUCGAUGUCCACCCGCCAUUUGGGAAGCUCCUGUUUGCUCUCAUGGGCUGGCUGGUGGGAUACGAUGGGCAUUACCUCUUCGAGAACAUUGGAGAGUCGUACAUAGAAAAUAGGGUCCCGUAUGUCGCUCUUCGGGCCAUGCCAGCUAUUCAAGGCUCUCUAACGAUCCCCGUGGUUUUCCUAAUCAUGUGGGAGUCCGGCUACUCCCUGCCAGCCUGCGUUCUAUCUGCAGGGCUGGUCUUGUUCGACAAUGCGCAUGUUGGGGAGGAUAGGCUCAUUCUGCUAGAUGCGACGCUAGUUCUGACAAUGGCACUGAGCAUCCUCUGUUACAUCAAAUUCUACAAAUUGAGACAUGAGCCAUUUGGCCGUAAGUGGUGGAAAUGGCUGCUGCUGACCGGAAUCUCGUUGAGCUGUGUGAUUUCAACUAAAUACGUUGGUGCCUUUACCUUUUUGACUGUUGGGGCCGCUGUCUUGAUAGAUCUGUGGGAUUUGCUUGAUGUGAACCGCCGUGGAGGUUCUCUGUCUCUGGUCGAAUUCACCAAACACUUUGCCGCUCGGACAGCUGCGCUGAUCAUUUUGCCGUUUUUCUUUUAUCUGUUCUGGUUCCAGGUUCACUUUGUGAUUCUUAACAGGUCUGGCCCAGGCGAUGACUUUAUGAGCCCUGAGUUCCAGCAGACUCUCGGCGACAAUGUGAUGACUUUGAAAUCGGUUGGAAUUGACUACUAUGACCAUAUCACCCUCCGACACAAGGGUACCAAGACAUAUCUGCACAGCCAUAACGAACAUUACCCCCUGCGUUAUGAGGACGGUCGCAUUUCCAGCCAAGGUCAACAAGUUACUGGUUACCCUUACAAUGAUACCAAUAAUCAUUGGGAGAUCCUUCCUGCAGCUCCAUUUGAUGCCAACGACCGACUUGGACAUCGCGUUAAACAUGGUGACAUUGUCCAGCUUCAUCAUCUUCGAACGGAUACUAUUCUUCUGACUCACGACGUGGCUUCCCCGUAUUUCCCGACGAACCAAGAAUUCACCACCGUCUCGCGGGAAUUGGCGGAUGGCGAUCGCCACAAUGAUACCUUGUUUGAGAUCAGGAUCGAGAAAGCAAAACCUGGCCAGGAAUUCAAAACAAUGUCUAGUCUUUUCAAACUUGUCCAUGUGCCUACGAAAGUUGCCAUGUGGACUCAUUCCAACCCCUUACCGGAAUGGGCUUUCAGGCAGGCCGAAAUAAACGGAAACAAAAACAUCCAACAGUCAACCAAUCUAUGGUUUGUCGAGGAUAUUCCAUCGCUAAGCCCGGAAAGCGACAGGCGAAAGCAGGAACCUCGCGUUAUCAAACAACUUCCUUUUACCGUAAAGUACCUCGAGCUUCAGAGGGCAAUGUUCUUCCACAACAACGCCCUAACUAACAGCCAUCCCUAUGCCAGCGAGCCGUUCCAAUGGCCCUUCCUUCUCCGCGGAGUAAGCUUCUGGACCAAGAACGCUACUCGUGAACAAAUAUACUUCCUUGGCAAUCCCAUCGGCUGGUGGUUUGCCAGCAGUCUCCUUGCGGUGUUUGUAGGUAUCAUUGGUGCCGACCAACUGUCUCUCCGAAGAGGCAUUGACGCUCUGGAAGAAAUCUGGGGACCCGGCACCCGCUCCCGCCUCUACAACAGCACAGGCUUCUUCUUUCUGUGCUGGGCCGCACACUACUUCCCCUUCUACCUCAUGGGCCGCCAACGCUUCCUACACCACUACCUACCCGCCCACGUUGCCUCCGCCCUCGUUGCCGGUGCCCUAAUCGAAUUUGUCUUCAACAUCGAUCCAGCAACUAACAAUGAUGACGCCGCGAGCACCAACUCAGCCUCGACCGCGGUGUCAAGCGCCAAAAAGGCCCUGUCAGGUCGACAGGUAAAUAGACUCAAGUCACGACUGGGCCGGCAGAGUGUGAUGGCUACAUGGGCGGCUGUUAUUGCUAUUAUGAGCGCGGUGAUCUAUGGGUUCUAUUUCUUUGCGCCGUUUACGUAUGGACGACCAGGUCUGGAUGUUGCUGGCAUUCAGGCGAGGCAGUGGUUGUCGUAUGAGUUGCAUUUUGCGAAGUAA